AUGGACGCCGUGUUCGAGCAGCUGCGCACGCUGGCCGCGCAGGCCGACAGCGCCGGGCGCUACAAGGUGCUCGACUUCCUGCACGACCUCCAACUGCGGCUCGAGACGCCGCACGACACGCUGACGCGGCUGUCGGGCAUGCACCUCGAGAUCGCCGCCGCCCGCAUCGGCGAGGAUCUCAACCUCUUCCAGAUCCUCGACAAGAGCGAGGAGCCCCUGAGUGUCGCCGACCUGGCGGCCCAGACCAAGGCCGAGCCCGCGUUUCUAGGCCGCAUCCUCCGCUACCUCGCGGCGACGGGCAUGGUCCGCGAGACCGGCGCGGACCUCUUCGCCGCGUCGGCCGUGACGCGGACCCUCGCGCUGCCCGGGUACCGCGGCGCCGUGUACCACUUCUUCGACAACCUGGGGCCCAGCAUCCAGGCGCUGCCGGACUUCCUGGCCGGCGGGGGGUACCGCGACGUCGACGGCGGCGGCGGCGGCGGCGGCACCGCCUUCAACCGCGCCUUCGCGACCGACCUGCCGCCCUUCAAGUGGCUCGCCGCGCGGCCCGAGCGCUUCGCGCCGUUCCAGCACGCGAUGACGGUGCAGGGCGCGGCCGCGGCCGCGGCGCCGUGGUUCCGCGCGUUCCCGCUGGCCGCCGAGGUCGACGCCGACGCCGGCGCCGCCGACGCGCCCUUCCUGGUCGACGUGGGCGGCGGCUUCGGGCACCAGUGCGCGGCGCUCGCGGCCGCGUUCCCGGCGCUGCGCGGGCGGCUCGUGCUGGAGGACCUGCCGGAGGCGCUGGCGGCCGCGCCGGCGCUGGACGGCGUGCGCGCCGUGCCGCACGACUUCUUCGCGCCGCAGCCCGUCGCCGGCGCGCGCUUCUACUACCUGCGCCACGUGCUGCACGACUGGCCCGACGCGCGCUGCCUCGACAUCCUGCGCCAGCUCCGCCCCGCCCUCGGACCCCGCUCCCACGUCCUGCUCGACGAGGCCGUCCUCCCCGACGCCGGCGUCUCCCGCGAGGCCGCCACCCUCGACCUCCUCAUGAUGACCUCCCUCGGCGCCCGCGAGCGCACCCGCGCCCAGUGGCGCGCCCUCCUCGACGCCGCCGGCCUCCGCAUCCUCCACAUCCACACCUACAUGCCGCGCCGCCAGGACUCCAUCAUCCAGGCCGUCCCUAAGUAG